CCGGAUUUUAGCGUCAGCCGUAAUGUAUUUCAAUUGCUACUACUUCUCUCAACUCUGUUGUCGUCUCUCUCUAUUUUAGAGAAAGAGAGAGGAUCAUGGUCUCAUGGCUUCUAUUUUUAAACAGUUUCAGCCGUCAAGACUAUUGUCACUAUUCGUAAAAAUAUACUACAUCGCAAUUCGAGUGAAGUUAUGACAAAUUCAGUAGAUCAUCGCCCUGAUGUUGUGGCCUUACCAGGAUGGACAAAGACGAUUACUGGUGACAGUAACUAUCACAAAAUUCAUCUGGAGGUUGAGGAAGGAAAUAUGUUGACAGGUCUUCUCAUGAGAGUGCCCAACCGUAUCGAGACGUACGAUGUCUUCCGCUACGGACAGCAAACUGAGGAGAACAGGCACAGUGAGGGAAAGAAGCUGCUGGCAUUUGUCAGAUUUGGCGAUCACAUGUGCGGCCAUCCCGGAAUUGUACACGGGGGUGCAACCGCUGCCGUCUUCGAUGACCUCUUCGGGUGGCUGUUUGACUACCAGGGUAUCAAGGUGUUCACGGCCUACCUCAACACAUCGUACCGGUCGCCAACCUACGUAAACACUACACUUGUGUACGAGAUGCACAUUGAUAAGGUGGAGGGGCGCAAACUCUACGCCAAAGCCACAGCACGCGACGGUCUAGGACCAGACAGCACACUACUGGCAGAGAGUGAGGUUCUGUACAUCGUAGCUCGAUGAGAACUUUAGUUUGCAAGCCGAUCUGGCCGCACAGCGCCUACAGGUUAAGGGCAUUUCGCAAGUAAUGGCCAGCAAUAGGCCACUAGAGGUAUCAGCAUGGGGGGAGGAUGUAGUUAAUGAGUGGGCUGGGCCUGGGCAUAUCGAGGUGAGUGACCAAUUACCUUGACUAACAAUUAGCGAUAUCAGGGCGAGAUUGUUUUGCAAUAGCAGACACUAGAGACCAAACCGCGAUAUCAAGAUAUGUUGUACCUUGUACAGCACUUUUCGCAACUAUGUGUAUAGGAAUAUGUAGUAAGAUUUAGUGUACUCCAAGCAAUUUAGUAACCUAGAUGCGGAGCACCAACUGAGCCAAUAAAGUAUGAAGCUGAGUCAAUAAAGUAUGCAGCACUCGCUUUCUCAAAUCGGGAGCGCCGUCAUCAAGUCUUUAUUUGAGUACGGUAAAGAAUGUUUUAAAACGGUUCUCCCAUACGUUGGGUUUGAAGUUUAUAGUCCUAACGACGCUGAAAAGCAAGCUGACUUCGCCAUGAUCAUUAAGAAAUAAAUAUAAAUACAUCAUGAUAUCUGUUAUCAACUUAUCAGGUUGUAGUUUAUUGUUUACUAAUAAAAUACCAU